AUGGUAUAUAAACUCAUCUGCGUUUUGAAGGUAUUCGAGACGGUUAUCGAAUGGAUGGAAGCAAACCCAUGUGAGAGGAAACAUCACCUACCUGAACUUCUCUCACUAGUGCGUCUACCCCAACUCAGCAUGCAAUAUCUCGUUGAAAACGUGCGACAGAAUAGCAUGAUUAAGGAGUCCAGAGAAUGCACAGAUCUUGUUUCUGAAGCGUUGUUCAUUAUGCUGUCACCACUAAAGGGAACACCUUUGCCCAUUGGAGCGGCUAUAAAUGAAGAGGGU